CCCCUGCGGCUGGCCCGGCCUCCCUGCGCGAUCGGGAUCCGCCUCCGCGGCCUGGACCCGGGCCUGGGCCCGAGCCCCCAGCGCCGGUCCUCCGCUCCUGCGGCCGCGGCCGCGGUCCACUCGGCGCCCCGCACUCCGGGCUCCGCGCUGAAUCAGCGCCACCGCCUCCUCCGCCCCCAGCGCCCCCUGCCCCGGGCUCCCCCGGUCCGCCCCCCAUGGCGGAGACCAAGAUCAUUUACCACAUGGAUGAGGAGGAGACGCCCUACCUGGUCAAGCUGCCGGUGCCCCCCGAGCGGGUCACGCUGGCUGACUUCAAGAGCGUGCUCAGCAACCGGCCGGCUCACUGCUACAAGUUCUUCUUCAAGUCCAUGGACCAGGACUUCGGGGUGGUGAAGGAAGAGAUUUCUGAUGACAAUGCCAAGCUGCCCUGUUUUAAUGGAAGAGUGGUCUCCUGGCUGGUCCUGGCGGAGAAUUCCCACUCUGAUGCUGGAUCUCAGUGCACCGAGAGCCACACAGACCUGCCCCCGCCCAUUGAACGGACCGGGGGCAUCGGGGACUCCCGGCCACCCUCCUUUCACCCCAACGCUGCCAGCAGCCGAGACGGGCUGGACAAUGAGACGGGCACGGAAUCUGUGGUCAGCCACCGGCGGGACCGGCACCGGCGGCGGAACCGGGAGGGCCACGAAGACGCCCCUCGAAUCAAUGGGCACCCAAAGCUGGAGCGUCGCCGUGAGCCCGGCACCUUUGACAGUGCUUCCACCGUGCUGAGCAGUGAGCUGGAGUCCAGCAGCUUUAUUGACUCGGAGGAUGAAGACACCAGCAGGCUGAGCAGCUCCACUGAGCAGAGCACAUCAUCCCGGCUCAUUCGGAAACACAAACGCCGGAGGAGAAAACAGAGGAUGCGCCAGAUUGACCGGUCCUCCUCAUUCAGCAGCAUCACGGACUCUACCAUGUCUCUGAACAUCAUCACGGUCACGCUCAACAUGGAGAAAUACAACUUCUUGGGCAUCAGCAUCGUUGGGCAGAGUAAUGACCGGGGAGAUGGCGGCAUCUACAUUGGCUCAAUCAUGAAGGGUGGAGCAGUGGCUGCUGAUGGCCGAAUCGAGCCUGGGGACAUGCUGCUGCAGGUGAAUGAUGUCAAUUUUGAGAACAUGAGUAAUGAUGACGCUGUGCGGGUCCUGAGAGAAAUCGUCUCCAAGCCAGGACCCAUCAGCCUCACGGUGGCCAAGUGCUGGGACCCUACGCCCAGGAGCUACUUCACCAUCCCCCGGGCUGACCCGGUACGGCCCAUCGACCCUGCCGCGUGGCUGUCGCACACGGCGGCGCUGACGGGAACGUUCCCUCGCUACGGUACGAGCCCCUCCAUGAGCACCAUCACAUCCACCAGCUCCUCACUAACAAGCUCUAUUCCUGACGCAGAAAAACUUGAGGAGUCUCCCCUGACUGUGAAGAGUGACAUGGGGGCCAUCGUGAAAGUUAUGCAGCUUCCGGACUCAGGUCUUGAGAUUCGGGACCGGAUGUGGCUGAAAAUCACUAUCUCAAAUGCAGUCAUCGGGGCAGAUGUAGUGGAUUGGCUUUAUACCCACGUGGAGGGCUUCAAAGACCGGCGGGAGGCCCGCAAGUACGCCAGCAGCAUGCUGAAACACGGCUACCUGAGACAUACUGUGAACAAGAUCACUUUCUCCGAGCAGUGUUACUAUGUCUUCGGUGACCUGUGUAGCAAUUUGGCAGCACUUAACCUCAACAACGGUUCUGGUGGAGCCUCAGACCAGGACACACUGGCCCCGCUCCCCCACCCGGCAGCCCCGUGGCCUGUGGGGCAGGGGUUUUCCUACCCCUACCCUGUGCCUCCCCCAGGCUUCCCACCUGCCUACCAGGACCCAGGCUUCAGCUAUGGGAGCGGGAGCGCAGGAAGCCAGCAGAGCGAAGGAAGCAGGAGCAGCGGCUCGAACAGAAGCGCCAGCGAGAGCAGCCGGCGGGCAAUGGGGCGGGAGAAGGAGCGCCGGACAGGGGCUGGGGGCAGCGGGGGCAGCAGUGAAUCAGAGCACACGGUGCGCAGUGCAGCGGGCAGUGGGGGCCGGCGGGAGCGUCCGCCCAGCCAGCUCAGCCGGGGCAGCAGCCCCCGGAGCCAGCUCUCCACCGGUGCCCCUGGUCUGCCCCCACUGCACCCCCUGCCCAAGGCGGGCACCAGGGCGCUGACAACGCUCAGCGGCCCCCCUGGGGGCCCACCUGUGCGUGAGCUGGCUGCAGUGCCCCCCGAGCUCACUGGCAGCCGCCAGUCCUUCCAGAAGGCCAUGGGCAACCCCUGCGAGUUCUUCGUGGACAUCAUGUAAUGGGAAAAGUGCCUUCAGACUCCUCUCUCCCCCUCUGGGUCCCCAUCUUUGGAGGAGGAGAAGUUGAAGGCUUUGGUGAAAAGGACAAUAAUUGUGAUGCAUCCCCCCCCCACCCAACCCAAUCAUGGAGUGGGGAAGUGCCAAAUCCAUUCCCUGCCUUCCUCCCACCCCUUCAGCAGGCUUGCUACCUAGAGCCCCCCUCAAUGCUCUGCACCUACAGAGGAUGGCACCCAAUCCAGAUCAUUGGAAGCAGUGCCCAGGGAGGGGGGCAUGGUUUCUCAUGAACUGCCACUGUGAUAAUGAGCUUGUGGUCCUGGAAUGCUUACCGUGGGUCCCCAGCCAGGGCCAUGGGAGGGACCCCAGGGCUGAGGACCCUGAGAGGCAGUGAAUGGGAUGUAUGGAACGAUGGAGUCAAAGCGGGUGGAAGCUCAGCUCUGCCACUAGCUCGAGAUGUGGCCUGGGGCCAAUUUUUUCCCCUUUCCAGGCCUCAGUUUCUCUCAUCCAUACAGUUAGGGGGCAGGAGUGGACAAUCUCCAAGGUCCUUUCUAGCUCAGAAUCUUGGGCUCUCAGGGUGGGGGUGGGGUGCUUCGUGUCUGGGGCUUUCAGUUGGCUUCUCUGCCAAAGGCCUCCCUGGGUGGGUGGGAGAGGGGGCAGGGCCUACCCUAGGGCUGGGAAAUACCCGCAGGGCACAUCCUUGGGGCUUGAGAGUGCUGGAGGGAUGAGCUAGCUAGACCCUAAGUGAGAAGGACUGCUUUCUAUAGGAAGGUAGAGGACCUUAUUGUGGUCACUUCUCCAUUGUCCAGGGUUUAUCACUGCCUGUGGAUUACCCAGGUUUCCAUCCUGGUCAAAUCUGGUGUGUUUGUUGGGGGUGGAGUUGGGACUUGGUUAAAGGCUUAGCCCUGUCUGUCUAUAAUGACAGCCCUGUGAAGGCUUGGCCCAUGCGGAGAGGGUGGUCCUUAAGAAGUCUGUGGUUUGUCAAGCCCCUGCUUGGGGUGGGUCAUCCAUGAAUGAGGAGUGUGUCCCUCCCCUCCCCCACCCUGUCUGGAGGUCUGUCCUGUCCUGAGCCUCUUACCUUUGGGUGGCACCAUUCAUUGCCCGGCUGGCUGCUGUAGGGUCAGUGGUGAUUUGGGGGGAGGGGAGUGGUCGGAGGAAGGUUUAGGUUCCAGUCUCCUCCCUGUUCUCCAAAUCCAUAGCUCUGGGAGUGAAGGUGGGAUUGCUAUCAUCCCCACUCCCACUCCGCAGUGGUUUGGGGGUGCCCUGACAGUGCUGUUUUAUUUAUUUAUUUAUUGCACCAGGCCUUGAGCAUGGGUUCCCCUCCCCUGUGUCACUGACAGGGUCGAGGUGGACAGUGGCCAAAUCCCCUCCUGUAGCUGGCCCCAGUUUCCCCUGGAUCCCCCAGCCCAGGCCUGUAAGGUGGACAGGGGAGCCAGGUGGCAGCAGAGGUGGGCUUCGUGCACUUAACUGGGGCUGCCAUGGCGGGAGCAUGGUCAGUAAAUGGGCCAAAGGCCAGAGGACAGAAGGGACUGUCCAUGACGCAUCUUCCUGUUUGCUUUGUUUGCAUCUGACUGAAUAAGCAUGGUUUGCUUUUAAAGGACAAAAUUACUCUAACUGGUGGUUGGCAGAAACCCACACGAGACUGCUUAUGUACAAUAAUUGGGGGGGGGCAGAUAAAGGCCAAGUGUUUGAAAUAAUGCACACACCCUCACCCCAGGCCCUUGUCUCUGCAGUGUUCCUUCCCCUGACCCCAGCCUGUUUGCAGGUGUGUCCAACCCUGGCCCUCUCACCUGUCUCAGGUGCACCUUCUCCAGACCCUCACCUAUUCUCAGGUGUGUCCAGCCCUGACCAUUCACCUGUUUUCAGGUGCACCUUCCCCAGACCCUUCCCUGGCCUCAGGUGUGCCCUGAUUCUCAUCUGGUCUCAGGUGCACCUUCCCCAGACCCUCACCUGUUUUCAUAUGCACCUUCCCCAGACCCUCACCUGGUGUCAGGUGCACCUUCCCUAGACCCUCACCUGGCCUCAGGUGUGGCCUAACUCUCACCCGGUCUCAGGUGCACCUUCCCCGACCCUCACCUGGUCUCAGAUGUGCCCAUCCCAUGGGGCCUUGGCUCACGUGGAAUGCACCGUUUCCUGUCCAGUGUCUCUCGCUUCCACAGGAUUCUAUUCUGUAGAUAUUGUAUCAAAGCCUGAGUGUCUGUAUAGUUAAUAUAUAGCUGCAUCUGUGUAAAUGCUGCUUCCGUGUAAAUGCUAUUUUAAACACUAAAAAAAGCUUUUAAUUUUAUGUGA